AUGACUUCCGACGGAGCAACCUCGGCGGCCGCGGCAAAUCGGAGGAAGCCUUCGUGGAGGGAAAGAGAGAACAACCGGAGGAGAGAGAGACGGAGGAGAGCCAUAGCGGCGAAGAUAUACACUGGCCUUAGGGCCCAGGGGAACUACAAUUUGCCCAAACAUUGCGACAACAACGAGGUUUUGAAGGCUCUCUGCGCCGAAGCUGGCUGGACUGUUGAAGAAGACGGCACCACUUAUCGCAAGGGAUGCAGGGCACCAGCUCCGGGUGAUGGUGUAGGCACCUCCACCAGAAACACCCCUUUUUCGUCACAAAAUCCGAGUCCCCUUUCAUCGUCUUUUCCGAGUCCAAUUCCUUCGUACCAAGUGAGCCCCUCCUCCUCCUCUUUUCCGAGCCCUUCUCGUUUGGAUGAGAACAACGCGUCAAAUUUGAUUCCCUAUAUUCGACAUUCGUUUUCUGCUUCUCUCCCUCCUCUGAGGAUAUCAAAUAGCGCCCCUGUGACCCCGCCUUUGUCCUCGCCAACUUCAAGAAACCCCAAACCAAUCCCCACAUGGGACUCCAUUGUCAAAGCCUCCAUGGCAUCAUCCUUCAACCAUCACCGCCAAAAUCACCCUUUCUUCGCGGCUUCUGCCCCUGCUAGCCCCACACACCGCCACCUUCAUGCCCCGCCCACUAUUCCCGAAUGUGACGAGUCUGAUACCUCCACUGUUGAGUCUGGGCAGUGGUUGAACUUCCAAGCGUUUGCACCUCAUGUUUCUGCAGUGCCCAUCUCUCCCACCUUGAACUUUAUCAAACCUGUUGUGAGCCAGCAGCAGAAGCAGAACCUCAACCUCCCUGAUAACAGAAUCCAAGAGAUGAGAAACUCGGAAGUGCAAUUUGGAGUGCAGGUGAAGCCCUGGGUUGGAGAGAGGAUUCAUGAAGGGGGAUUGGAUGAUUUGGAGCUUACACUAGGAAGUGGGAAGACGCUUUCUUAG